CUGGUUGGAGGGCAUAGUGCCUGUUCCGGACGUGUCGAAAUAAGAGAUGGGGAAACAUGGACCACAGUCUGUGAUGCCCACUUUGAUCUCAAAGCUGCCAACGUUAUCUGUAAUGAACUACAAUGUGGAACAGCUCUGUCUAUCCCAGGAGGAGCUCACUUUGGAGAAGGACAUGGACCAGUGUGGACUGAAGUGUUCCAGUGUGCGGGAAAUGAGUCCCACCAUGCGUACUGUCCCAGGAUAUUGAACAUCAGUCAGACAUGCUCACACGCAAAUGAUGCUGGAGCCAUAUGCUCAGGGCACACAGGGGUCCGGCUCAUGAACGGCAGCUCAGAGUGCGCAGGGAGGGUGGAGAUCCAGGUUCGUGGUGCCUGGGGAACCCUCUGUGACUCACGCUGGGAUUUACCGGAUGCCAACGUUCUCUGUCAUCAGCUCGACUGCGGAUUUGCUUUAUCAGCCCCAGGAGGAGGGUAUUUUGGGAGGGGAAAUGGCUCUGUCUGGACAGACACAUUUCACUGUAAAGGAACUGAACCCCAUUUGGGCCAUUGCCCUGUUACUGCCCUGGGGGCCUCUCAGUGCUCCCAUGACAAUGAUGCCAGUGUGAUUUGCUCAGGUCGCUCUGAAUCACUCAGACUACUGAAUGGAGAGAGCCGGUGUGACGGGAGAGUAGAGAUUUCCCUCCGUGGUGCAUGGGGCAGAGUGCUGGAUGACCAGUGGGACAUGAACGAUGCCAGCGUGGUGUGCAGACAGCUCCAGUGUGGAGUCGCUGAGAAAGCUUAUAACCCCUCUAAGUCUGAGCAAGGAACGGGCCCCGGGGUUGGGAAGGUCCACUGUGCAGGAAAUGAGACUCGUCUGACUCUCUGUGACAACUCCACGUCUGAGUCAGCCCAGGCACGAAUCGCUGCAGAUGUCGGUGUCGUUUGUUCAGGGAGCCGGCAGAUCAGACUGGUGAAUGGGGCAGGUCGCUGUGCUGGGAGAGUGGAGAUUUAUUACAGCGGCAGCUGGGGGACAGUCUGUGAUGAUUUCUGGGACCUACCGGACUCCAAUGUCGUUUGCAAACAGCUGGGAUGUGGACAUGCCAUCAGUGCAACUGUCUCUGCUCAUUACGGGCAAGGAUCUGGGCAGAUCUGGCUGGAUGAUGUGAACUGUUCUGGGAAGGAAUCCGAUCUCUGGGCGUGUCCUUCCAGGGGCUGGGGCCAGCACAACUGCAGACACAAAGAGGACGCAGGAGUUCUCUGCUCAGAGUUCACAGAUCUGAGGCUGGUGAGCGACAGUGACUGUGCUGGGCGGCUGGAGGUUUUCUACAAUGGGACGUGGGGCAGUGUUUGCUCCAAUCAGAUGUCUGGAGACGCCGCAGCAAUUGUCUGCAAACAGCUGAACUGUGGAGAUGGAGGGCAGAUUGAAAGAGAAUUUGAAUAUGGAGCAGGUUCUGGUCCCACAUGGCUGGACCAUAUUGUAUGCAGUGAGCAGCACAGCUCCCUCUGGCAGUGCCCGUCAGAGCCCUGGGAUCCAAAGUCCUGUGAUAACCGAGCAGAAGAGACCCAUAUUUCUUGCACUGGAAAAAAAGCAAAACCAACUCAGACCCUGUUUGCCGAAUGCCCGAACUCUCCAAGUUGCACAGACCAGGAGAAGUUACGUGUCGUGGAAGGAGAGGACGGAUGCUCGGGGAGAGUGGAGGUUUGGUACCGUGGCUCCUGGGGAACAGUUUGUGAUGACUCCUGGGACAUGGCAGAUGCUAACGUUGUGUGUAAACUACUGGGCUGUGGAUCUGCUGUAUCUGCCCCGGGCGAGGCUGCAUUCGGUGAGGGGACUGGUCCCAUCUGGGUGGAGACGGUGAACUGCAGAGGGACAGAGUCAUCUCUCUGGGACUGUCCUGCCAAGCCCUGGGGUGAGAGCAACUGUGGUCAUAAGGAAGAUGCUGCUGUGAAUUGCUCAGCUCCCCCGCGCCGCCCUCCGACUGACAGUGGGAGAGUCAUGGCACCCGUGGUCGUCUGCAUUAUCCUGGGGGCCCUGCUCUGCCUGGUCUUAAUCAUCCUGGGGGCGCAAGUGCGAAGUGCCAGGGCACAGCGCAGAGGUUCCAGAAGACCCUUGGAUCCCUUCUCUGAGGCCGUGUACGAGGAGAUUGAUUAUAACCUGAUGAGAGAGAAGCAGGAGAUGUUCAGUCGCUCAGUCUCCUAUUCAGAUGACUCAGUGACGAAGCUGCAGUAUUACACCGGGGACAGCGAGGUGGAAAACGAUCCUGGAUCAGAACAAGAGGGAGCUUCCCCAGGGGGGUCUCAGCUGGAUUACGAUAACGUGGAGGAGCCUGCCUUGAACGAUGUCUCCCAGACUCCAGACGGCCAAGAUGCCCCUGCUUUGCCUGGAGACGUCCCAGGGGAUGGUUAUGAUGAUGCCAGAGAAGUGUCUGAUCCUGAAGGUGACCCUGCUUUGGAGCAGAAUUAUGAGCAAGGCACUGGGGCGAGUGACAGGGACAGGGAUUCACAGACAGUCUCCUAUUCAGAUGACUCAGUGACGAAGCUGCCGUAUUACACCGGGGACAGCGAGGGGGAAAAUGAUCCUGGAUCCGAACAAGGGAGCUUCCCUGGGGGGGGGGUGUCUCAGCUGGAUUACGAUAAUGUGGAGGAGCCUGCCUUGAACGACGUCCCCCAGACUCCAGACGGCCGAGAGGCCCCUGCCCUGCUGGAAGAUGUCCCAGGGGAUGGUUAUGAUGAUGCCAGAGAAGUGUCUGACCCUGAAGGUGACCCUGGUUUGGGGCAGAAUGAAGAAGACACUGGGGCGAAUGACAGGGACAGGGAUUCACAGACAAGUGCCCAGCUUUGA